CUGGCCGACCCCCGCAGGCGAAGUUCUUGGCAGGCAAUAAUGCGACAGGGUUGCCAACCAACUCGUUUCUAAAUUCUCGCAGUGUUAGUCACUCUCAUUCCUUGCACAAGAAAAUGUAAAAAAAAACCGCAACAAAACAUUACAAAAAAACCUGCAAAAUGACGGUAAUCCGGGCACCUCUGGACGACGAGGACGAAGGCGUGGGCGAAGGCGAAGCCGGGGUGGUGGAGCAGACGGAGGCGAAGCAGAGCGUCACCAAGGCGGUCGGCAGGAGCAUCAAAUACAUUCGGCGCGUGCUGGGGCUCAAAAACAAAAGGAGGACGCGCAAGAAACUGAGGGCGCCGCCAGGCUUCAAGGCGACCAGGAACCCGUUCUUCAACUUCCUGCGGCACCUGCAGGUCGAGCUGCAGGGCAUGUCCGCGGCCGAGGUGGCGCGGGAGGGCGGCCGCCGCUGGAGGCACAUGUCCGACCGCGACAAGCAACCCUACAGACAAAUGGCACAGCGGGCCUCCAGGCAAGACCUCACGGCGACGCACCGGGAGCGCCAGCCGCACGGCCGCAUACCCUGCGCGACCCAGCAGGAGCAGAAGCAGGAGCAGGAGCCAGGGCAGGAGAAGCAGGAGCAGGACAAGGAGCAGGACGACCAUCGGAAAGAGUCAUUGCCGUGCUGA